AUGUGCGACGCAACAGCUGCCAGGCCCCGUAAUGAUCAGCUCGAUGGGAAACCUGGCCGUCUGCGUGCUGCAUGCACCAACUGUCACGCCGCAAAGGUUCGGUGCAGCGGCGAAAGAACAGGCUGCACUCGCUGCCGGACAUUGAACCAGGACUGUGUCUACCUCGAGUCGCGAGUAGGAAAGACUCGAGGAAGAAGGAAGCAACAUUUUCUCAGCCCGACUGCGGUCGAUCUCAACAACCGGCCCAUGACCGCCACCUCGUCGCAUGAGGAGGCUUCCAGGCAUAUGGGGGAGUCCUCUGCAGUGCCAGGCCUCUCUCCAGCAAGCAGCAGCGGGGAUGCCGAUUUUCUCAACAACGAUAUCUGGGACGUGUCGCAGUCGAUUCCCGACUCCGUGAUGCUGGACGGGGUCACUGACCUGUCUGGCGUGGACUUUUUCCAACAGUUCUCCCAAAAGGAGAUGACUGAGUCUACAUUAGGGGAAAGCUGGGGAAAUAUACAAGAGGAAAGGCCAGACUCUGCACCUCGACGUUUGGAUUCGGCCAUUGAGAUGCCCGAUGAAGAUACAACUCCCACAAUGCGCCCAUCGACCUCGAAAACUGCCGAUGAGACGGUCAAGACGAGCAUACACGGUCUCAACAGUUUCCCACCACGGUUCACGCAACAGAGAGGCCUCGCGGCUCGCAUGGGGCCGUGCUCAGACGCACCGCAGCAUGGUCAUAAGGGAGUCGUCGUUGUCGCCGCAGAGAUCCUGGAGAGUCUGGAGGGAAAGAUCUGUGCUGGUCUGUCCGCAAUCGACGAGGUCCUACGCAUCAACAAAGAGGCCACGCAGAAGAUAAAUCAGCUGCUCAGACGAAGCGACUACGCCCGCAGCAUGGGGAGUCUAAUGGUUGUUGUUGCUGCCGCCCAUCACGUUGUGUGCCUCUUCGAAACGGCCUGCGACGAGUUCUACGCCUCCCCAUGUCGUGGAAGGUGGUCCCUGCCGUCGACUACUGAUUCAGCGCGGUCUCACAGCCGGUUUGGAACCCAUCAUCGAGGGUCACUAGGUGGUGGUAGGAGUGUCUCUGGAGCUCUCAACCCGCCUGGGAUCGGGUUCGGGACGUUUCUGCUCGACCCCCAGGACCAGGCAGCAAUGGGGGCCCGCAUCAUCUGCACCGAGCUGCAUCGUACCCUGAAGAUGGUACAAUCACUCUCGACACCAAUGCAGGCCGGCUGCUUUGCACCUGAUCUCGCACCAGUCGCCGUCGAUGGCUGGCUACAAGACCUGAAGCAGCGGCUGCGGACUCUCAUCUCAACGGUAGAGAGCAGUGAGCGAAGCUGGGAUGGAUAA